AUGACCUCUCUUGACGUUGCCUCGCUUUUCUACGACGGUCCCGAAUAUACUCGCCGUCUGCACACCGACUACCGUCUGCCCGAGAUUACUCUCAAGCAGAUCCACGAGGUCAUCCCUAAGGAUGCAUACGAGAAGGAUACAUUGAAGGGGUUGUCGUACGUUGCUCGUGACAUCGCGUUCGCCACCCUGUUCUAUCAAUUAGCGAAAUACAUUGACCCUUUCUCGGCUUCAGUGGGCGAGUCAUACGGCGAACAUGCUCAGUUCGCAGCCAAAUGGGCGAUGUGGUCCGCGUACUGGUGGUGGCAGGGAAUAUGCUGGGCAGGCAUUUGGACACUAGGUCAUGAGGCCGGACAUGGGGGCAUUUCUUCCAAGGGCUGGGUUAACAAUGUUGUCGGAUUCACGCUUCACACAUUCCUUCUCGUUCCCUACUUCUCGUGGAGGGCAAGCCAUCACCUCCACCACAAGUCAACAGGUUCUCUGGAGCGUGAUGAAAACUUUGUUCCCCCAACCCGCACCGACCUCAAACUCCAGCCUCAUACUCAGAUGACCCGGAAUGAUUACAAGGAAAUCUUCGAGGAAACUCCCAUCUUCACAUUCCUUCGUAUCGUAUUCAUGCAGGCCGUCGGUAUGCAGGCGUACUUCGCGUACAACGCACUUGGCAAUAAGAUGUACCCUGCUGGCACGAACCACUUCAAUCCGAACUCCGCUUUGUUCAAGGAGUCGCAGCGCAAUGAAAUUCUUCUCUCGGAUGCCGGUCUCAUUGCCAUGCUCGGGAUUGUUGGCUAUUGGAUUAAUAUCUCCAGCCUUUCCACUGUCACAAAAUACUAUAUUAUCCCCUACCUGCUUGCAAACCACUGGAUCGUUAUGCUGACUUAUCUUCAUCACACUGAUCCCACCAUGCCUCAUUUCCGCAAGGAUGCCUGGACUUUUGUGCGCGGAGCGAUAACAACCGUUGACCGACCUUUGCUCGGCUGGGUCGGACGCUUUUUCCUCCACAAUGUUUCUCACGAUCAUGUUGCCCACCAUCUGAUAUCCGCGAUUCCUCAUUAUAACGGCCCUCGUGUCACCGAAGCCCUGAAGAAAGUUCUCGGCGAGGACUACAACCAAGACUCGACCAACACGUUCCGAGCUUUGUGGAGAACUUUCAACGAGUGUCAAUUCAUCGAAGAUGAUGGUGCUGUUGCUUUCUACGCCGAUAAAACCGGUCACACCAAGCGCAAGCUUGAGGGCCAGUGA